AUGGCAGCUCUGGAAGGUGCAGAAAAACUGCCUUCUGAAGAGCCAACUGUAGCUUCUGCAGCAUCUCAGGCACCUACAUCUCAGGAUGAUUCUACGGUUGAGACUGCAGAAGAGGCAGUUGAGCCACCAGAAGCUGAUAUCAAUGAGCUCUGCAAAGACAUGUUCAGUAAAAUGUCAUGUUAUCUAACCGGUGAAUUGGUAGCCACCAGUGAAGACUACAAACUUCUUGAGAAUAUGAAUAAGCUCACAUGUCUGAAGUAUAUGGAGAUGAAAGACAUUGCUGCAAAUAUCAGCCGGAAUCUCAAGGAUUUGAACAAAAAGUAUGCAAGCCUUCAGCCACACCUUGAACAAAUAAAUCAGAUAGAAGAACAAGUGGCAGCUUUGGAAAAUGCAGCUUAUAAACUUGAUGCAUAUUCAAAACGAUUAGAAGCAAAGUUCAAAAAACUGGAAAAGCGGUGA